AUGUUUAAAAAAGAUAUCCAACAGUUUUACAUAAAAAAUUGUAUCAAGAAUAUUUAUAUUGUAAAAAGACGCAAGGCAGAUGGCAGUAUUGAGGAGAAGAAUAGUAGUGUUCUUUAUAAAGACAUCAAAGAUUUUGUCAAUGUUCUGAUAAAAAUAAGAAAAUAUGAUAAGGAAUUAAAAAAGUUAAAAGCUCUUAAGCAUGGCAUGGAUUUUUCAAACAUAUUACAAGAAUAUCUAGAUUUUUAUGUUGACCAUUUUGGCUAUAAAUUUCAUUCGUUCAUUUUAGAAUAUAAGAACCAUAUGAUAAAAGAUGACGUAAACAAUUAUUAUAUCAUAAAUAAAUUAACGAAAAAUGACAUUGAGAAGGUGGCGAUGAAUAACUAUUCACGGGUAAUGUUCAUGUACGGAAGUAUAAAAUUUUUAUUAUAUUAUAUAAAAAAGCAAAUUACACAAAUUGGAGAAAUUAGUAAUAAUUUUAUCACGCUAUUAAUAAGUUACUUAAAGAUUUCGUUAAAUCCAUUAAACUUGCUCAUUUUUGUGUACUUAAAUGAUACCAAGAGGAAUACACUAUGUGAUAAGACAGAGAAUGAAAAGAAUGAACAAAGAGAACAGAAUGAGAAUGGGAUACAAGUACUCCUUAAGGCUCAAAAUGGAACUGAAAAUGAUGCAAAAGUAAAGAGGAAAUUUUUAUCCCCAAUAAAAAACAAAAGUAUAGGAAAAAUGCUUGAAAGUGAUGGCUUCUUUUGCAAUGAAGUGUGUUUAUUUGUAUGUGCAUAUGGAGAACAUAUAAUAAAACACACCAUAACUAGUAGUUAUAGUGAAGUAGUCAAGAGUCAUGAAGUUAUCAAAGGGAAAUUAAGCAUAUACCAAUUGACGAAAAUGCAUAUUAGAAGUUAUAUAAUGAAGAAAAUGCGUUCUUAUGCCUAUUUAAAAAAUUGUAAAUUACACGAUCAUUUCAAUGAUAACCACCUUUUCAAUUCUUACGAAAAUGAAGUAAAUAGGUAUAAUAAUAAAACAUUUAAAAGGUUUACACAAGUUGGUAACGGUUUUAAAAAUGUUAAAAUGUUACAGAGAAAUUUUUCAUAUAUUUAUGAAUUAGUUUUAGUCCUCUACUUAGUAAAAAAAUGUAUGUUUUAUUUAAAUGAAAAUAUUGACGCUAUUUUUCAAAUAUCUCUUUAUACGUUGUACAAAUCUAUAAAAAUAAUUAUUAUAUAUUUAUAUUUUAAUCUACCAAAAUAUAUGUCUCACUAUUUCUUAAAUAUUUAUUUAUUAUUUUUUAAAAAUAAAAAUAAUAAAAAUACAUUAAAUAUUAUGAAAAACAUGAAAAGAAUCUACAAAAAGAUAGUUCAUUAUGUUGACAGGCAGAGGAAAAGGAGCGAUUUGGAUAACACAUCCAUUCAAUGGGUUGAAGGUGCUAAUGAUGCAGAUGAAGACAAAGAAGAUAUUCAUGAAAUAACACUUCUAAAAAAUAAGAUUAAAGACUCUGAAAGAAAAAAAUACAGAAAAAUCUUAAAUCUUACGUAUUUCAAAAUGGAUAAUUACGACAAAGUUUGGUCAAAUAGAAAAGUAAAAAAUCAGGUGAAAAAGUUUAUAUUCCUUCACAUGAAUGGUUCUGUUAUACAACUCAAAUAUAACAGUGAAUUCCUUUUAAGGAAAAAGGAAAAGAAAAAAAAUAAAAAGAAUCACAGAAUGAUUCGAAAAAAGGUCCAAAGAGAGGAAGCAGAUGGAAAUAACAACCUCAUGGAGCAUACAAAUCAAAUCACAUCAUUCUCAAAAAAACGAAUUAACUUCAUUCAUACCAGCAGAAAUGAAUACAUGAAAAGGUAUGCUCUCUUAUACAGAACCGUAUUUAGAAGCACAGCCAAAAGGAAAAAAAACACAACCCAAAAUAGACUUGUAUAUAUACAAACAAAUACAGUGAACUAUUCGAUGCAUAACCGGGUGAUACACAACUACCACAAUGGGGAUGCCCUAAGAGGAAAAAGACCUCCUAUUUGCAAAGAAAAAGAAGUACCGUUUUAUGAGAAUAAAAAUUUCUCCGAGAAACACAUUAUAAGCAAAUUAUUCAGUUGCGCAUUGGAUAAUGUACGCAAAAGUAAUAUAUAUGUUUUAAAUAAUACAAUUGCAAAUACUAGUACUGACACGACGGAGGAUCAUAAGGAGAUAAACGAAAAUGUAGAUAACGAAAAUGUAGAUAACGAAAAUGUAGAUAACGAAAAUGUAGAUAACGAAAAUGUAGAUAACGAAAAUGCAGAUAAUGAAAAUGAAAACAUCCAUUUCAUUGCCCCCGGCGAAGUUAUUUCCAAAUACGAAGAACAAAUUACAUGUUCUGUUCAGGCAGCUUCGAACGAACAUGAAAAAGUUAUAGACACUCCAGAAUCCUUUAAUAUGUUCCAUAAUGAUUCCACACAGAAUGAAGUCAAAUUGGAAAAUGACGAAUUGUUAGAAAAAGGACUUUAUGAGGACAAAUCAGAUAUAAUUUUCGGAGAAACAGUUGGGGGUAUGGGAAGCCAAGAAUACGAAGAAGUAGCAGAGGUAAGAGGAGGCAGUGAUUAUGGAGUUGGAGUAAGUGAGAACAUGAGCCAUGGUUUGAAACGAGAUAUGGAUCAGGUUAUGAAGGGAGAAAUGGAUGAGACAAUGAAGCUAGAUAUGGAUGACGUGACAAAACGAGAAAUGGAUGAGGUGACGAAACUAGAAAUAGAUGAGAAUAUAGAUGAGGAUUUGUUUCAGAGCAUGGACAAAGGGGCAUAUCAGAACAAGGAUCAGAGCGUAGACGAAAAUUUUAAGAAUACAAAAAUUGUACAUAGCAAUAUGCUCCGUGAUCAAUGUCACAAGAAGAGAAUAACGACGGAAGAGGAACUAAAACGAGAAAUCCAAUCGUCAUUAUUUUCUGAAAAUGAAAUUGAACAAAAGAAAGAUAAGGAUGAUUUUAUUUCUUCCAUUUACAGUUAUCAAACCGAUGAUCAUCUCACAAAGGAUUCAACAAAUAAAGAGGAAUAUUUUCUUAAACACGAUGAGAAUUAUAACCAUCAGGGGAAAGGUUCAUCAGAAGAGAAGAAACAUGAUAAUAAACCAUUAGUAGAACAAAAUAAUAAAUAUAAAGCGGGGGUAUAUGCUUCUUAUUUUUCGAGUGAUUCUAGCAGGAGCAAUAUAUCGUCGGAAGACUAUAAUCCGUAUAAAAGAAAUAGAACUAGAAAAAAACUAAAAAAACAAAAGAUGAAGACAAGAAAAAAGGUAAAGAAAAGGAUGAGGAGAAAGAAAGAGACAGAAACAAAGAAGGAGAUAAAGAAGCGUGAACAACUGAGUAGAGAGAACACCAAGAAGUCGCAGCACUCAUGUAUUGACAAAAGGAAAGAGUCUAAAAAUAACUAUGAGGAAAAUAUAGAAAUAAGGAGAAGGAAAUCGAUAGACUCCCUACUUGAUCAUUCAGUGGAUCGCGAUAAUUCGAAUCUCCAUGAAGUGAGGGAAAGAAAAAUUAAAGUUUCUAUAAUAGAGGAUCUUGAAUAUAAAGAAGGAAAAUCAAAUAAUGCACUACCAACGAUAGGAAGCAUGUGCAAUGACGAAAAAGAAAUAAAAGAUAUGCAUAAACUAUUAAUACAGAGUGAACAUGGAAAUGAAACGGAAGAAAAAACGCUACGGAGUAACGAUGAAAAAAUUUCAAAAGAGAAUAUAUACAAAUCAAAGAAAACAAGAAAUGUGAACGAAAUUAAUACCCCAAAUGACGAAAGAAUUGAAUGUUGGAAUAGUAAAAAACUAAUUUUUAACCUUUCUCUGAAUGACAGUGAAAUAGGAGAACAAUUCACACCACAUAAAAAUGGAUCUGAUAUAAUGAUUCAGUUGAAGAAAGUUGGUUCAAAUAUAACAAAUAUAACAAAUGAAAGAAUUCAUAUUACUCAUUAUAAAGAUAAAAACCCCUCAGAUAAGGAAAUAGAGAAAUUACCCAGUGUAAUAGAAUUAAAUGAAAAAAAUAUUAAAAAAGAAGACGAUUUGAAUAAAUACAUAAAUCACAAACUUAACAUAUAUAUGGGUGAUAAGUCUCAAUUUGAUAAGCCAUUUGUUGACACCAAUGAAGUGUAUCUAAAUGAAAGAGUAAUCGAUUAUGCAAAAGAUACAGAAGAUAAGUUAAAAUUAAUUAUAAUUCAUCUAUUCAAUUAUUAUAUAAUUGGUGGAGUAUUUUUAAUUAAUCCGUACAGCAGUGUUCAAAAAAGAAGGUAUAACUAUUUUGUUAGUACCCAAGAAAAUAUAAACGAUAUAAGUCAUACGAAAAUAUUUAAAUAUAGUAAUAAAGAAUUAAUCAUAGGUACACUAAAGAAAAAUACAGAAAUAAAUUUAUUAGGUGGUAAAACUACAACGAGGAUUAUGAAAAUUUUAAAUAAACAGGGUAAGGGAUUAAAUGGUUGCACAUACAAAUGUACCAUUGAUGAUAAAUUACUAGCAUGCAAAUUUCAGCAAAAAUUGUAUCUCUCUAAAAAAGAAAUAUUCUUUUCAUACAUACUGAAAACAAGAAGACAUAUGAAAUUAUGUAAGUAUACCAAUUGCAAAAGGGAAAUUCUUGCAACUGGUUCAAAACUGACUGAUGUAAGAAAUGAAUAUAAGAACAGUAGAAGUAAUUUGGGUAGUAGCAACAAUUUUAAUUGCAACAGUGAGAUAUACUUUGAAAUUUAUGCAAAGGAAUGUAUGUACAUAUUUCCAGACGAGCUACAUUACAAAGUAUAUAAUGAAAAUGCAAAUUCUGUUAAAUACACACGUAGUUUGGAGGAAGCAAGCAAAAGUGGAAGCAACAGUGGGCACAAACAUGAAAAAACAAAAACGCUUGAGGAAAAAAAAAAUGAGAAAGAUAAAGCCGAAGAGGCAGAAAAGGGAACAUCCUUACUACUAAUGGGAACACACAAAUAUGUGACGUCUCUUAACGAAUUCAUAAACACAUUUAUUAAAAAAAAUUAUAAAUCGAUAAAUGAAGAACUGGUACUAUUUAUCGUGUACCAAUUGAUAGUAGCCAUGUUGCAGUUGCAUUUCCUAGAUGUACUGCACGGUGAUGUUAAAAUAGACAACAUUUUAAUUGCAAAGAAUGAAAAAAUGCUACAUGAGAUAAACAAGUAUAAGGAUACUAAUCAGAGUGGAUUGAUAAGCAAACGAGAAAGAGAACAGAAAGGAAUGGCUAGGGAAAAUGGUAAUAGUGCUGGCAUCAACAGUAGAAACAGUCAUAAUAACAACAGUCAUAAUAGUAACAUUCGUAAUAGUAACAGCAGUAAUAGUAGUAGUAAUAAUAAUAGCAGUAGUAAUAGCAAUUAUUAUAACGCCAGAACGUACAAGCGUGAAAAUUUUCGGUUUGAUUGCUUUUUAAAUAAUGAUCUGCCCAACAACCCGAAUUCAUUUUUAAGAAAAGAAUUCCCUCUGAACAUAUACCUAAUAGACAUUGGUAGAGGAAUAGAUGUAAAAAAUUUUAAGAAUUAUCUCUUUUAUGGAAUAAAAAACUGUGAUUGCUAUAAUUUCUUAACAGAUUCUAUUUUCAACUAUCAUAUAGAUUUAAUAGGUAUAGCGCAAGUGGCUAGCUGCUUGCUAUACUACAAACAUCUAGGAUGCAUGAAAUAUAAAUAUGACAAUAACAUUAUGGACAUAAAUAAAGUAACAUUUGAUAACUUGGAUCUAACAUACAUAACACACAAUAACAACUUUGUUAAAAAUAAUAACGCAAAUAAUAAAAAGAAGAAAAACGGACCCACUGGCACAAACAGCAAAAAUAGAUGUAAGGAAAUAGAGAAAUUUAUAAAGGUAAAGGAACGUGCAUACAAGGAGGAGGAGAGGGAGGAGGGUGAUGAAAGAGGAGAAAAUGAUGAAAAAGCAGAAAGUGAUGAAAAAGCAGAAAGUGAUGAAAAAUCAGGAAAUGCCGAAAAAGGAAGAAAUCUCGAAAAAGCAGGAAAUGUCGAAAAAGACUAUAAGGAUUAUAAGACCAAUAUUGUUCAGGAAAAAGAGUACCAUUUCGAUCAUGAGAAGCUGAAGGAACAUAAUGCUCAUCAUAAGGAAAAGAUCAACAGGGGGAAUUGCUGCAACAGCAAUGGCGAUGCAAAAGGAAAAAAUACGAAUGGGAAGAUAAAAAAAAAUGAAACAAAUAAAUGUAGUCACAUAAAUGGAGAAUUAAGUAGAAGCAAUUCAGAUGAUAUUUAUUUUAUAGAUUACUCCAAAAAUAUACCCAUAGAUGAAAAAAACACAAGAAAAAUUAACGCAUAUAUUAAUCAAGUGAAGAAGCAAAAUGAAAAUUACUACGUUGUACAUAACGAAGAAAACAAAAUAAAAAAUUUUUCCAUAAAAUUAUUAUCUUCAAGAAAAAAAUAUAUAACUUUUUGGGAAAUUUUUUUUCACCUUUUGUUAAACUUUUGUAAUGUUUAUGAAUUGAGUUCCAUUAAUUACAAUUCAAAUGAUAUUAGUAGAAAUUCUGAGAAGGUCAAUUUGUUUCACAACAAGGUUUUGAAUAAAACGGAAAAUUAUUACUUCGAUUUUUGUAAAAACAACUGGGAAGAGAUACAACAUGGGGAUGGGGGGCAGCAUAGGCGGAAAGUUGCUUAUCGCAGGGAGAAGACAGAUGGAUUCAUGAAAAAAAUUGACAGUAAUUUAUAUGAACAUCGGGAAAGCUGCAACGAGGUGGUUAAUGAAACCAACCAUGCUAAUGUGAACAUUUGCAAUAAGAAUCUUCAAAAGAGGGAUGUAGAUGCGCAGGCGAAUAACAAGUUAUGUUUUCACGACAACACAAGCACAGAUGAUGGUAGUGAUUCCAACGGAAUGCAUAACCUGCGCUGUAAUGAUGAUGAUGAUUGUGGUAAUGAAAUGAAGUGGAAUGAACAUGAACGUGAGCAGCAAUAUCAGCAGCAUUUUAAUAAUGUACAGCACGAAGAUGAUAAGCAUAUAGGGAAAAACAAUGCUAUAAGGGGAGUUACAAGAACAACAUUCUCAAAUAGACAAAGUGGAGAAAUAAAUGAUAAUCCAUCGAAACAUAAUAGUAAAUAUUUCUUUAUAAAAAAUUCAAUUUCUAAUUUUAAAAGCAUUAAAAAGAACAUGUACCACCAUGCGAAGCAGAACAUACAAAAGACAAAACUUGUAACUAAUGAUAAGGAAAACUACUCUUACACUGCUAUUAGCAAAGACGAAAAUAAUAACUUAAAAAGAAAAAUGAUAUUUUUUGAACAUGAAGAGAACAGACGAAAAUGUAGGAAAUUGAAUGAUGAAUGUUAUUAUGCAAAAGAAUGUUGUGCUAACGACACUAAAAAAUCUACAAGGUAUAUUAACAAACUCAUGAAAAAGAAGGCCAUAUGCAUUCUGUUGUAUUUAAAAAGGGUAAUCGAAAAAAUAUUUGAUGAUGACAGGGAUAAGCAGGAAAUUUUGAUAAAUGAGAUCAAAAACGUCUCCACUUUUUUUUGA